AUGGCACCUCCGAGCGGGUCGGCGGCAUACAAGAAGAAGGAUGGCACCCUGACGAUGUCGUCAGAUCGCCAGUCCGUCUCAUGGAUUCCGGCAGCCGGCGGUGCAUCUGGAACGAUAACGAUCUCUGUGACUCAGAUCAGCAAUCUACAACAGACACCCGCGAGCAGUCCGAAAGUUAUGCUGAAAAUAUUCGUCCUCCCUCCGAACGAUCCCUCCGCAGCUCCGGAACAGUACAUAUUCUCAUUUACGGCUGGCGCGACGGCCAGAGCGGAAGCGGACGCCAUCAAAGAUGCUCUCAGCGCGGCGAUUCAGGCGGCCAAGUCCGCGCAAGCGACCCCGGGCCCGGCUACAGCGAACGGCGAAGGAGGAGGCAUGUCGGCGGCUAUGGCGAUGGCCAGUGCGGUCUCGUCGGCAGGAGCAGGGAAACACUGGUGGGACGACGAUAAACGGCUACGGACCGAUGUGGAGCUUCAGCAGUCGCUGUUGAAGGUGGAUGCCAAUCUACAGAAGAUGUUUAUGGAGUCACUACAUACGAAACCGGAUACAUUAUCGGCGGGCCAGUUCAUGUCGCAGUUCUGGUCUACGCGGCUGCAUCUCCUUCGCGCGCAUGCUAUUGAGCGGUCGCAGACGCGGGGCUCUUACAAUGUGCUGUCGACGAUGAAGCCGCGGACUGAAGAUAAUGUUACGAAGCUGAAUAUUAGCAAGGAGCAGAUCCAGCUGAUUUUUGCUCAGCACCCGCUUGUCAAGCGGGUGUAUGAUGAGAACGUGCCGAAGUUGAGUGAAUCGCAAUUCUGGUCGCGGUUCUUCCAGAGCAGACUGUUUAAAAAGCUGCGGGGAGAACGUAUCUCGGACGCAGAUGCGACGGACGCUAUCUUGGAUAAAUAUCUCAAGGCCGACGAGUCUGGGAACCUUCCGCGCGAAAUCAAUGUACCGCAUUUCCUUGACUUGGAAGGAAACGAAGUGAAUAACAGUCAGCGUCGAGGAAAUCGACCGGAUAUUGACAUGAGACCGUCAGCCGUGGAGAAGGUGCCGAUUAUUCGCACACUGAACAGCCUGAGUGAGAAGAUCAUGGCGAAUGUCGCACCCGCAGAUCGAGUGGCAUCAGCGCCUGUAGGGAAAAUAGACGACGGGACAUACGAUGAGCUACAGCUGCGCGACUUACGCGGAGAGGAAGCGCAAAAUCGCAUUAAACUGAACAUACAAGACCAAAGCCGGUUCUUCUCAGCGGCGAAGUUCGCGGAAGACGAACGCAACCGGCAAUUAGCUCAGCAGGAUCCAGAACAGAUACUGCAGGACCUGCGCACUAGCAUUGCGCGGAAUUUUCACGGCGACGGAUCAGCCCCAUUAGGCAAGUUGGUCGAUCCAGACGACGACGAUGAUGACGAAGACUCUAAAACUAGCUCCCGGCAUCACCGGCAUCUCGCGUCCACACAGAUUCUCGACGUGAUCAAGGACCGCCGAACCCAAGCACAGACUGCGUCAGACGCAGACACUUUCGGACUGACAUCGGCUCUGUACGACCGCCUGACGCUCACGCACGCCACCACCACAGAGUUCCUGCAUCAAUUUUGGCAGGCUUUCUUAUCCGGUAACCCAGAUCGUGCAAGCGAGGUUGCGUCGCUCGUGGAAUCGCUCAACCGCGCCAUGGAGCGGAUCAAUGCCGUUGCGACGGACGCAGAGGCAGAGCGUCAAGUCGAAGUGAAUAAGGUAAAACAGCAUGCGCGCGAGGUGCUGCAGGCGACAGGGAAAAGACUACGCGUUAAUUUGGAUAGUAUACCCGGGGGCGAGCAAGCAGUGAAGCGUCUGUUGGGGCCGACGAUCCGGGCAUUGGACACAGCCCUGACGCGGUAUAAAGGGGCUUUGGCUGAGGAAACCAAGAAUAUAGAUCCUAGCAAUACCUGA